CGAAAACAUCUCAUGGACAGCAUCGCACCGUAUGACAACCCUUUUUGUUCUCAUCCCGUUCCAUCAAUUUGGAGCUAGGGACUUUUGGAGGGAAUUUAGGUAGCAAAAAUGGAUUUUCAUUAAACAUUUCCCACUCAAAAGUGAUCGCCUCAUUUAUAAGCUUUGUACGGCAUCAGAGCAAAGGGUUUUUUUUUUGGUACGAUCCCUCUCUUUGCCCGGUGGUUUCUGGCUCUCUGCUGAGAGAUUUUCCGAGCAAAACGUCUUCCUCCGGCUACUUUUCAUCGAUCAGCUGUGAAUUAUGGGGAAGGGAGCUAGAAACAAGAAUCAAGCACCGACACAUACCAAGGAGGUUCAUGAAACCCUCACGAACACGAUAACCAGUUUUCUAGGACCUGUAAGUAAUAUGUCGCUGCGACUUGAUGAAAUUUCCUCUACUGUGAAUGGUCUAGUUAACAUCAGCAAGAACAUGGAUGAGGCAUCUGGAAGAACAACUACAGCUAAGUCAGUCAUUGCUGUUGAUUCUAAGCGAGACAUUGUUGGGGAGUUCCGUAAUUUGAGACAGACCACUACUGUGGCAGAGUACCGGGAGAAGUUUGAGGAAUUAAGAGACUGGAUGGUGAAAAUAGAUUAUGGGCUCUCUGAAGGUUAUUUGAUUUACAGCUUCCUGACUGGACUUAACCAAGAAAUCAAAUGUUCCAUUGGAAGUCAUAAACCUGAGAGUCUAUACCAUGCUUAUGACCUUGCACGCAUCCAGGAGAUAUCAAUUGAAAAGAGGAAAGACAAAGAGACGAAAGAAACAGUGGUGAAAGACAAACUAAAAUCUUCUCGUAAGAUCGACCCUAGUUAUUAUCGUAAACAGGCUCAGGCCUUUUUAAUUCCUGGCAACCCCCUCGAUUUUCUUCCUCUUGUGCAUGACAUUGACAAUCAGGCUUUCAUCACAGAGAAACGGGCAAGAAACAAGAAUCAAGCACCUGCACAGGCCAAAGAGGUUAAUGGUAUAGCUUUGAAGGGAGAAGAAGCCAAGUUGGGAACCCUCACAAACACGAUAAAAGGUCUACUUGGAGAUGUGAAAAAUAUGUCGCAGCGACUUGAUGAAAUUUCAUCUACUGUGAAUGGCCUAGUUAACUGCAGCAAGAAUGUAGAUGCAGCCUCAGGAAAAUCAACUAUAGCUGAGCCUGGCAUUGCUGUUGAUCCUGAACUAUACAUUGUUAGGGAGUUCCAUGAUUUGAAACAGAUCACUUCUGUGGCAGAUUACCAGGAGAAGUUUGAGAAAUUAAGAGAUUUGAUAGUGCAAAUGAAUUAUGGACUCUCAGAAGGUUAUUUGAUUUCCUGCUUCCUGAGUGGUCUUAAGCAAGAAAUCAAACAAUCAGUUGUGAAUCGCGAACCCAGGACACUUUUCAGUGCUUUCAACCUUGCACGCAUCCAGGAGACAGCACUCGAAGAGAUGACAGACGAAGAGACGAGAGACAAACUGAUGAAAGAAAAACUAAAAUCUUUGGGAAGGGACGAGCCUAACUUGCAAUGUAAGCAGGUUUCAAUGUUCAUUAGUCGUGACGACCCCCUCAAAAUUAGAGCUUUUGUAGGAGAAAAGAAAGUAACAAUCUUAAUAUCGACUGGCAUGGAGUAUAGCUACAUUGAUACUUCUUUAGCAAUUACAGCAGGAUGCAAGAUUGAGGAGGCUGAACCCUUACGGGUAAACUUUUUGAAGCUUGGUUACCAGGCUGUAAGCCGGUUCAGAUGUCCAAAGUUGGAGUGGACGAUGCAGGGUCAUAAAUUUGAAGCUGAGAUGAGGGUUGUUGAGAUAAAGGGUGCUUGUGACAUUGUGCUGGGAGCAGAUUGGGUGCAUAAAAACACCCCUUUGGCAUUCACCACCGAUGGGAUCUUGCUUAAAAAGGAUGGAGAGGCAAUUGUGUUGUUGAAUAAGUCCAAAUCAACUAAGCUCCUGACUAGUAGGAUGUUAGUCUUUGGUUCUGAUGGGAUUUUCAUCAAGGAGGGAGAGAAGGUGACACCGAUUUCAUCUACAUACAUGGGACUCGAGUCCAUGAAUGGCUUUAAGGGGAUGCUAUCGUCAUUGGACUAUCUGAUAUCUAUGCCUGCUGAUGGGUUUUUUGACUAGGAGUGAGAGAAGGUGAUACCGGAUUCAUGGAGACUCGAGUUCAUGAAGGGCUCUAAGGGGGUGCUACCGACAUUGGACUCAAUGAUGUGUAUAUGAAGAGGUUGCAAUCUGUUUUGCCUUCUAGUUAACGUCUGCGCUGUGGAUUUUGGUUCAUUCAAACGAUGUCUCUAACUAGUUUUAGUAUUUUGGUAUGCAAGACGUGGAAAAGUCCUCCCUAGUUGUUUCUUGGUUUUAAUUCAUGUAUAGUGUUGGUCUGCUUCUCAUCUCGUGUCUGCUCUUGUUUUGUUGAGAAUGGUGAAGUGUUUUUAGGUCUUAAACAGCUGAAGAAUCCAACAUGUUCCUUGUUUAUCGCCUUUUAAAAGUAUAUUUAUGAUGAGCAACAUUCGAAAAGUAAGAACAGAGUAGUUUCUUUUGGAACAAAAACAGAGUAGUUUUCCUUUCUUUUCUUUAAGAACAUGGUACUUUUUAGUCUAUUGGUUUACUAGUUAACAAACAUUUUUGAAGAAUUUUCUUUGUUGUAAUGCUUCUUUGAGGAAAGAAAAACUCAGGAAUUAAGUACAGAAAAAUAAAGUGGUAC